AUGCCCGCUAUGAACGUACGGGUUCCUGAUGAAAUAUCCAUGCGCAGAUUGGCUGACGCCCCCUCGCAGGAGUCGGAGUAUGGCACCCUUAGCCAGAGCCCCUAUGGGAUCUUGAGGAUUCUAGGCGGUUGGGGAAACGUGAGGUACGGGAAUAGUCCUCACGGCGCUCAUGAUGCGUACAUUGUAGCACCACGCGGCACCACAUGGCUGACUCAUUUCCCCCACACAGCGGGCCUGGACUUGUGUGAGUGCCGUCCUGCGUGGGCCGCCAGACAUGGUGAUGGUGGUGGUGAUGGGUAUCUAAUGCACAUCGCGAACAGCAUGUUCCGCAGCAUGAUUGCGGGUACGUCGACGGCCAUGAUAUUUGGCAUCUCGGCCGGCAUGGCUGGGAGCUUGAUAUGGGGCACGGCAACGCUGCCAUUCGUCAUCUUCUCGUCCGUCGGCUUCGCCCUCGGCAGCUUACGGUGGUAUGCGGUCUCGACCCAGGAGGCCCUGUUGCAGCUGCGACGGUACCCAUCUCUUCUACGCAUGCACAUCAUCGCCAACUAUCCCUGGGUACCCGAGUACUCGUAUCGGGAUCCGUCAUGGUUCACGCCGCGGAACUUCGAUGCAAACUGGGUCCAGAGGAGUGUGCUCGUCGCCAGCUGGCUGUCGGCUCAACCGGCCUUGGAUGAUGUCCACAGCCAGGUCGAAGCGGCUUUGGUGCAAAAGUAUGUGGAUGGAGUGCCAGAGGAUGAGGAUCCUGGCCAAGGUGGAGCGGAGGAAUAA